UGUGUGAGACGGGUGGGCAGCGAGUCCCCAGAGGUGUUAGGUAAAUUAGGGCAGGCUUUGCUGAUGACCGCCUUUCACUCUUGGACAUCCAGGGUCUCAGACGCUUGUGCUGGAGCAGAGCUACAUGCGAGUAACUGAGUGCCUGGUGCCUCUAGGUCGGGAGGGUAUCUGCAGCCCCUCAGCUGUAGACAAGGAGGUACUUGAGGUACUUCCUUCUGCUGUAAAGAGGCAAUGAGUGAAUUUUCUGUCAUUGCUUCUCCAGCACCUUAUAAAGUGCUUGACUUGAAGGCAUCCAAUCCCCAAGGGUGUGACAAGUCUGGGGUGGCCAGAUGCCUCAGGAAGUGCUUUGUCUCCGUCAGACACUCUCCACAGGUGUACAAGAGCAAGAGACUGUGCUUCUGCUGAUGUUCCACUGGUUGUCUUGGGAGCUGGUGGCACAGCAGCCUAAGAGAUGGAGAAAGGUCCUUUAGUGAGGAGUCAUCCAACAUGAAACAAGCCAAAGGAGAGCGCACAGUCACUGAGGAACGAGGAGGUGCGCUGCUCAAACCAUGAUGCAACACAUAAGCUCAUUCUCUCCCCCGACGGGAAGCUUUCUGAACACUGGGCUAAAGCUUCAGGAAACUGCCCCAAUACAAGGCUGGUGAAAGAACUGGGAAACCGAGUUCUUGUUCAAAUAGCAUGUGGGGACCAGCAUGCCAUGGCAUUAUCCAGAGGAGGUGAGCUCUUCACCUGGGGCCAGAACACCCAUGGACAGCUUGGAGUGGGGAGCCAAACCACACUUACUCCCAAACCACAGCUGGUGGAAAGAAUAAAGGGCAUCCCACUUGCUCAAAUUGCUGCUGGAGGAGCUCACAGUACGUGUGUGUCACUCUCUGGAGCUGUGUUCUCCUGGGGAAAGAACAGUUUUGGACAGCUGGGACUCGGAGACACGAAAGACAGGGACUGCCCAACAUAUGUUGGAGCUUUAGAGCACUGGAAGACUGUAUUUAUCUCAUGUGGGGCAGAUCAUACUGCAGUUCUCUCCAAGGAGGGGCUGGUGUGCACCUUUGGAGCAGGAGGGUCUGGCCAGCUGGGUCACAACUCCACCCAGAAUGAACUCCUGCCUCGUGUGGUGGCUGAGCUGUGGGGAGCAAGGGUUUCACACAUUGCCUGUGGCAGACAAUACACCCUGGUCUAUGUCCGUUCCUUGGACAAAUUCUAUUUCUUUGGUUCUGAUGAUGAAGGACAACUGGAAGAUGAGAGGAAACACAAUCAGUUGAUACCACUUCCCAUCAAUUCACCAGUGAAUACUGGAAAAUCCUGCCAGAAAAAGGGUACAUCUAAAAAGGGGAUUAAAAUUCCUGCAGGAGUACUCCAAAGUUUUGCCCAUUGCAAGGAGGGGAACAAGAAUUCGUAUCUGAAUGGAAUUGCCACUCUGGAGGAUAAAGAAGUAGAUGCAUGGAUUUCUAAUUCUAAAUGUUAUGAGAGUAUAAAAAGGAAUAUCAGACUGAUCUUUUCAUCUGAGGCUUGCAUCAAUGGAAGCUUCCUGGACAAAAGGGACAAACAUUUCAAAACUUCCAAAGAAGUCUCAGGCGUCGACAUGUCAGAAGUGAAACGUUUUUAUGAGAAGAUCAGAAAGAACCAAAGAGUCUACCAGGAGGUGCAAAUGGAGAUUAGGAACUUACUGGAAUCAUUGUCUUCCUCUCCCAUCUCUCCCAUCUCACCAGAAAAUUUCAGAGUCUACUUGAUCUUGCCUUACCUUCUGAGGGGGAAGAAUGAAGGCUCUGUCCUUUCUCUGAUUGUUCUGGCUGGAGCCAUCAUGAAGCUCCCACCAGAGGGUCUGCAAACUCUUGAAUGUCUAUGGUCAAACCUAGAAACAUCCUUUUUCAAGGAGCUGGUCAUUCUGUAUCAGAGGGCUUCCCAGGAAAUUCUGUUCUCAUUUGUCCAGGAGUUCAAGGCCACGGGGCUAAGCCGCCUCUUCAACCUGGACCCAGUUGAAACUGGGCCUCUGCAAAUACUGCAGAUGCUUUACCAGGUGAACUCCAGAACUGGUUUUGGAGUACAUGAAAGCAUCUUUCAUGUACAUGAAGUGAGAGAGAUUAUCAACAUAAGUUCAUUCUUCAAUAUAGUAAUAGCCCUACAGAAGCUGAGCAAGUACCCAUGCAUCUUUGACAGGGAAAACAAGAUAUGCCUUCAUAUUACAGAAUGCAGGGCUCUGGCCGAAGUCUUCACUUUGGUAAGUCUUUGCACUUUGGUAAGUGCAACCAAUUCAGAAGAGAUAAACACACUGCUAACAGACUAUUACUUCAAUCCUUGGAUACCCCUUAUCCAGAGACCCUUUACAGGGAGCCCUGAGCCAUGGAAUUUCUGCGUCAGAAGACAAUGCCUUCUCCAAGACAUAUGGGAAAAUUUAAAGUCUGCCUCAAACCAAGAUUUCAGGAAGAUGUUAAAGGUGUCCUUUGUGGAUGAGCUGGGGGUGGAUGAAGGUGCAGUGUCCCAGGAGCUCUUCAGUGUUGCAGCCAGGACCCUCUGCCAGCCCAGCACCAUCACCUUCUGCCACUUCCCCUCUGGCCUCGUGUGGUUCCCCAGACAGGCCCCGAGCUGUGAGGAUGAGGACAUCUUCCUCUUGAUCGGGACACUGUGUGGAAUGGCCCUGUUUAACCAGCGCACAGUGCCUUUCCCCUUCCCCAGGGCUCUCUACAAAAAGCUACUGGACCUGGCCCCCACCCUAGAGGACCUUGAGGAUCUGCUGCCAACCGUGGGCCGGAAUCUUCGGAGAAUUUUGAAUGAAGAAAGUGAUAGCUUGGACUUGGACUUCACGAUAAUGGAAGGAGAUUCCACAGAUGUUGUUGAACUUAAAGAAAACGGUGCCAACAUUCCUGUCACUAAGGAUAACAGGAAAGAGUAUGUUGAUUUGUAUGUGAAUUAUAAGUUCAAUAAAUCAGUACAGAAGCCAUUUGAGGACUUUAUGCAAGGGUUCUUAAGAGGCUGCCCAGCUAGAAAUUGGAAGAUGUUUUCCCCUGAAGAGCUGCAGGUUCUUCUCCAGGGACACCCAACAUAUGACUGGCAUCUGCUGGAAAAGAAUGUGAUAUACGCCCAGUAUACGAAGUCAGAUCAAACCAUCAGGAAUUUUUGGACUGUGUUUCACGAGCUACCAGAAGAAAAAAAGAAAAUGUUUCUUGUUUUUUUGUCAGGAUCUGAUCGAAUCUCUGGGUAUGGACUGGAACCUUUUAGAUUUUGCAUUGUAGAUCCUCAAGUAGAAAAUCCAGAUGAGAGCUCUCCCUAUGCCAGUACUUGCCUCCUGGCUUUGUUCCUCCCCAGAUAUAGAAGUAAAAAAAUACUCAAGAAGAAGCUGCUUUAUGCCAUAGAGCAUAAUGAAGGUUUUGGCCGUGACUAACUCUGGGAUAGAAGCACUUAAAAGCCAAAAUAAGAAUAUGAGUCCUUGUUCACUUGCCAUAUUUUCUCUUAAUAACUCAAAUUUACUGGUUUCUACCCUGCCUUAUUUUUACUGCACUUUAUAAACACGUGAUUGUGUGUAUUUGCUGAGAUUUUACAUUGCUUAUAAAAUUGAGCUUCAACCAGAUUAGAUUGUUAAGUUAGGAAAGAAGAAUCCUGUUUGGUGCACUUCAGAGAAGCAAGCUGAGCACCAAGCAUAUUUACAUAUAUGUGCAGGCAGGGUCUGCACUGUUCUGGUUGUGUUAGGACAGGGAGCUCCCAGCAGCAGGGAUUCUGUGAUUUGUAUAUUUAUGCAUUAGCAAGCACACAAGCAGGAUGUGCUAAGCAGUCACCCUUGCAAAGCAAAGCUGGGGUAAGGUUUUCAUCUGUGUUACUUAAGGGUUCUCAUGGGAGCAACUAACACAUUUAAUGAGAUUGUGAAUUGAAGAAGCAGUCUGUGCUCACCUGGAUAUGGUCUAUGAUAUAUCUGAGAGAAAUUUGUAGGAGGAUUUGAUCAUUCCUAGACUUUUUCAAAAGCUGUAUUAAUGAACUAUAAUAAUACAAUUUUUUGUUAUUUAGUGUGAUAAUUGUGAUAUUUGUCAUGUUUCUUUAUAACUUCUAAGGAGAUGUUUCACAAUUAAAUAAUAAAAUCUUAGGCUUGCAGAACAGCACUGUCUACAGAGCCCUGUGGACAUGAGGCUGGCAGGGCUUCAGGAAUCUCAUUGUCAAAACAGUGCAGAGCACUGGCAGGAUAUUAACCAUGUCAGGCAGGAUGUGUGUUUACUGUGUAUUUUGCUGUGUGGAGAGAGGGAGAGAAACAACAGCCAUUCUUUUUCAGCAGUCUUCUCUUUGUGCAUUAAAUGUGCCAGGGGACAUCCAUAUGUAAAGAAGACUUCCACUGUCUUAAAUUAAAUGGUGAUGGAUUAAAUUUUCA